AUGGCAAAUAUCAACUUUUUAAGUGUAUUAUUAUUAUUAUUAAUAUUAUGCAACCGAAUAUCAAGUGCAAAAUCUUUUAGAGAUGAUAAUGAAAAAACUAAAAAUAUUUAUUCAAAUUCAUCGGUACAAGAAAAUUUUAAUAGUUUCGUACCUAAAAUAGAUUAUGAUGAAUGGACACCAUUGGGUAGAGGAGACCCACUCAAAAAUGAUCCGACUUACGAUUACGUUCCUCCAGUUCUAGAUAGAGUCUAUUACUGGAUGGAUCCGAAAAAAAGAACUCCGGAUCCGAUUUUACCAUAUUCUGAAAUUGCGACUACUACUGGUCCCCAAACGGAAUCAGCUAUAUUAUUACCCUCAUCUUCACCACGGUAUCAACCAACGCAACAAUCUAAAGAAGCGGAAUCACGAUUGGACACUUCUUCUAUAUUGGAACCAUUUUUAAAAUUAAUUGACAUGUCGCAAAUGGGAAUUAAUUUUGAUUUGAACAAUUUUUACAAACCGAUGAACAAUAAAGUGCAUCGUCCUCCAAAUCGACAAAAUUAUAAGCAAGUCCCUCAUCUACCUCAAGCUCUUCAAAGACCACCGCACACAGUUUUAAUGCCACCACCAUUACCAUUAAACAAACAAAAUAUAAUGAAUUCAUAUACACAAAAAACGGCAGUUCAAAAUAAAAAUAAAGAUCGUUUACCUAUCACGUCACACGUAUCGAGUGUGCCACCAUUAACAACCCCACCAUUCACCCUUAGAACAACAACACCAACUCCUAUCAUCACUACAAGUCACUUGAAUACUUUAACUACUGACCCAUUAUUUAAACAUUACAAACAGCCAUUGAGACCAGGCAUUCAAAAGUGA